AUGUUCAAAAUGACAGAAAGCAGUAGCCACAACCGUGGAGUAUGCUGGGCAUCGAUGGGAUUGAUGAACAAAAUAUUACUGCAAUGUGCAAGCAACGCUGAGGACAUCGUGGCUAAGGAGGAGCCGUUGAAAAUGGUAUUGUCAAUGCAGAUGACAGAGGAGAUGAUUGAUAACACCAAUGAGAAUUGCGCCUGA